AUGAAGAGCUUCUCAAAGCUUGCAGGCGCGGUUGCGCUGGGAUGUUUCGCAGUUGAGACUGCGGCGAGGGCUGUGGGGUAUUCGCCUCAGCAGUGGAUUAAGCCGUAUAAGAGAGAGGCUUUGCAGGAUAUUGUCACAUGGGAUGAAGACUCGCUCUUCGUACAUGGAGAACGCAUCUUUCUAUACUCUGGCGAGGUCCACCCGUACAGAUUACCGGUGCCUGAUCUCUACUCCGAUGUCUUCCAGAAGAUCAAGGCUCUUGGCUACAAUGGUGUUUCCUUCUACGUGGACUGGGCGUUGCUUGAGGGCAAACCCGGUGUUUACCGCGAAGAGGGUGUCUUUGACUUGAAGCCUUUCUUCGAUGCUGCACAGGAAGCCGGUAUCUACCUGAUUGCUAGACCAGGCCCUUACAUCAACGCUGAGGUUUCUGGUGGAGGCUUCCCCGGAUGGAUUCAGAGAGUCAAUGGCACGCUGAGAACGCGUGCGCCUGACUUCUUGGAGGCAACUGAUAACUACAUGAAGAAUGUGUUGGCGACAAUUGCGCCUGCGCAAAUCACUAACGGCGGACCAAUCAUUCUCGUUCAGCCCGAGAAUGAGUACACACAAGCCACUUCGGCUAUCAAGCCUUUCCCGGAUCCGAUCUACAUGCAAUACGUCGAAGAUCAGAUUCGCGACGCCGGUAUCAUCGUGCCUUUGAUCAGCAACGACGCCUCCGCUAAGGGCAACAACGCGCCCGGUCAACCUGCAGCUGUUGACAUCUACGGCCACGAUGGAUAUCCUCUUGGGUUCGACUGUGCCAACCCAACCACAUGGCCAGAUGGCAAUCUUCCAACAAACUGGCAUCAACUUCACGAGCAGCAGAGCCCCACUACGCCUUACUCCAUCGUUGAGUUCCAGUCUGGCAGUUUUGACCCUUGGGGUGGACCCGGUUUCGACAAGUGCGGCAUUCUGGUGGGCGCAGAGUUCAACCGUGUCUUCUACAAGCAACUUUACAGCUUCGGUGUCACCAUCUUGAACUUGUACAUGACUUACGGUGGCACCAACUGGGGCAACCUUGGUCACCCAGGUGGCUACACCAGUUACGACUACGCUGCACCGAUCAAGGAGGACCGUCAAGUCGACCGCGCGAAGUACUCCGAGCUAAAGCUCCAGGCAAACUUCUUCAAGGUCAGCCCUGCGUACCUGACGGCUGCACGUGGCAAUGCUUCGACUUCCAAGUGGACUACCAGCAGUGACCUUAGCGUUACUCCCGCCACCAACGAGAAGACGACAUUCUACUUCGUCAGGCAUUCCAAGUACAACUCGCUAGCUUCCACAACCUACAAGCUCAACGUUGCAACGUCGGCAUUGGGCAACAUUACUGUACCCCAAAUGAACGGCACUUCGUUGACGCUGAACGGGCGCGAUUCCAAGAUCCACGUAAGCGACUACGAUAUUGGCGGCACCGCCCUUGUCUACUCUACUGCCGAAGUCUUCACUUGGCACAAGUAUGAAGACAAGACUGUCUUGGUCGUGUACGGUGGACCUGGAGAGACUCACGAGUUGGCCCUUGCUGCUACUGGACUGGAAGUCGUCGAAGGCGAUGUCAAGAGCAUGACUACUAGUGGAGUCACAGUCUUGAACUUCAAGGCUGAUGGAGGUAGAAAGGUGGCAAAGCUUGGAGCUGACAGCCCCAUUUAUGUGUACAUGGUCGACCGCGUCGAAGCCUUCAACUACUGGGCCGUCGACCAGGCACCCCACGACUCGUCCAACCCUGUCAUUCUCAAGGCCGGCUACCUGAUGCGCACUGCCAACGUCACUGGCGACACUCUUGCACUCACUGGUGAUCUCAACGCUACAACCACUGUUGAGGUUCUUGGUGGUGCAUCAUCUGAUGUGUCCAAGAUGACCUUCAAUGGCCAGAACAUCGACUUCACCACCUCCGAGCAAGGAACUUUGUGCGCCGACAUUGAAUUUACCAAGCCAGAUGUCAGCCUACCCAAACUCAGCGAACUCGAGUGGAAGUACGUCGACUCGCUUCCUGAGAUCCAACCCGGAUACGAUGACAGCGAGUGGACUGCGGCCGAUCUGAAGAAGACGUACAACUCUCUGCGUCCUCUUGAUACCCCCGUAUCGCUAUACAGCUCCGACUACGGCUACCAUACCGGCACGCUACUCUUCCGCGGUACCUUCACGGCAUCUGGAAACGAGACCAUUUUCAACCUUACCACCCAAGGUGGCUCAGCAUUCGGCUCAUCCGCCUGGAUCGGCGACCAAUUCCUCGGUUCAUGGCGCGGAUACGACGCAGCCCUGAACGGAAGCGCCAUUUUCACCAUGCCCAACCUGACCAAGGGAAAGAAGUACACCAUCACGGUCGUAGUCGACAACCAAGGUCUCGACGAGAACUGGACCAUCGGCACCGAGACGAUGAAGAACCCGCGCGGUAUCCUAGACUACAAGCUAUCCGGCCACGACGCCUCCGAUAUCACCUGGAAGCUCACCGGUAACCUGGGUGGAGAAGAUUACCGCGACAUCUCGCGCGGUCCCCUCAACGAAGGCGGCCUCUUCGUCGAGCGCCAGGGUCUGCACCUCCCCGGUGCGCUCUCCGCGACCGACGCUAAAUGGACUGCUUCCGCCGGCCCCGUCGCCGACGGCAUCUCCGCCCCUGGAAUCGGGUUUUUCGCCACGGAAUUCGAUCUCAACAUGCCAGCUGGCUACGAUAUCCCGCUCAGCUUUACGUUCACCAACGGCACUUCUUCUGGUAACAGUAGCAGCGGCGGUUCGAGUGUUCCUGCGUACCGCGUCCAGCUUUACGUUAAUGGAUGGCAGUAUGGGAAGUAUGUUAGCAAUGUAGGGCCGCAAGUCAAGUUCCCUGUUACGGAGGGUAUUCUGAACUACAACGGAACGAACUACCUGGGCGUCUCGCUUUGGGGACUCGACGGUGGGGCGACGAAGGUUGAGGGCUUUGAGUUGGAGGUUGAUGCGGAGAUUUGGAGUGGGAUGAAGAAGGUGGGGACUGUCAUGGGGAUGGAGUAUGAGAAGAGGGAGGAACUGCGUAAUGUUGUCUAUCAGCACUUCAUCGACGAUCUCAAGGACGAACCGGAUUCACUACCAUCAGGCUCUACUUUGAGUCAAAAGCGCAGGCUCAGUCGAUUUGGAUGGUCGGAUGGCCAUGCUUUUAACCUGGCCUCCGUACACAGACAGAUACAUGCUGAGUUUAUGACCUUAUAUCGACACCAGGUGUACCACAACGGAAGUCGGCUUUUUUUCAAUCAUGUCGACUACUUCCUCGACUUAUUCUUCGGUCAAAGUCUCAACUCCGGUCUAAAGGACGUUUCGUAUCAGUUUGAGGUUCGAAUGGGCGCUGCCGGGGACUAUCUAGAGGCUGAUUGGUCGCUCGACUUGCUGAAAGUUGUCUCGAUCAUGCGUCAUCACCCGUUGAUCAGCAUUGCAUGGAAUCUGGAAGCGACAUUCGACGAUUCAGGGGUGGUGUACGCCGUGUCAGCCCUGAAGGACAUGGAUGUCCAACUAUUCGGGAAAUUGAAUUCCGUCAUGCUCUACUUGAACAAAUAUAUCGAAUCCAACCAUUUCGGUAGGACCGAAAUAGAGGCUGAAAUGCCUUGUAUGCUGAAGAGAGAUGCGACUAAGCAAGAUGUCAACAGCAUCAAGUCGUUGUUGUACCCUACCAGAUGCAGAGGUAUUGAAGUGGAGAUUAGUUGGGAGGGCAGCUUUCGGGGCUGGUCAGACUGGGAGUCGUACCCUGAGGAUGAUUGGUCAAGUAAUGAGGAAGACGAUUCAGAUAGUGCCGAAAAGGUCUCAGACAACGGGGAAGAUGAUCCCGAGAGCAGAGACCAGAUAUUGUGCAUGUAA